GAGGCAGAAGUGGACUGCGGAGGACCUUGCCUUGGAGAGGCCUGGGCCUUAAAGAGACAGCGCUGCAGCCCCGAGCCAGUGAGGCUCUCCGGGCGGCAGGCACCCAGCCAGGCUCAGAGGCUCCUUUGCCCUCACCUUGCCAAAGCCUGAGCCGCCGCCUUCGGAGCCGGUCUCCUUGACAGCCGGCCCUCAGCCCCUGCAGCCACUCCUGGGCCUGACGGGGACAGGGCCAGCUGGUGGGUGGCGUCAGCGCCUGGGACGCAUCUGCAGAGCUCUGGCUGAGCGAGCGAGGAGCACGGCCAGCUUUGGGGCCGUGGUGACCGCAGUAGGGCAGAGGCCGCCUGUGAGUUCCAGCCCCAGCUGGACGUGCUCCUGCUUCCCUUGGGGCUCAGGAUCCUGGAGCCACUGCACAGAGUCUCUGGGUUUUGGGGACUUAGAGAAACCUCGGUCUCUUCUGCCGGCGUCUUUCCGGAUGCUGAUGGGGACUCGGUGACUUCAGCUACGCCGCGGACGACUACGACGCCGAGGGGCAUGAGGAGCAGAAGGGGCCCCCCGAGGGCUCAGAGGCCAUGCCCUACAUCGACGAGUCGCCCACCAUGUCCCCGCAGCUCAGCGCCCGCAGCCAGGCCGGCGGCGACCGCGUCUCCCCGACUCCGCCCGAGGGGCUGGCUCCUGGGGUGGAAGCAGGGAAGGGCCUGGAGAUGAGGAAGCUGGUUCUCUCGGGGUUCCUGGCCAGCGAAGAGAUCUACAUUAACCAGCUGGAAGCCCUGUUGCUGCCCAUGAAACCCCUGAAGGCCACAGCCACCACCUCCCAGCCCGUGCUCACCAUCCAGCAGAUCGAGACCAUCUUCUACAAGAUCCAGGACAUCUACGAAAUCCACAAGGAGUUCUACGACAGCCUGUGCCCCAAGGUGCAGCAGUGGGACAGCCAGGUCACCAUGGGCCACCUCUUCCAGAAGCUGGCCAGCCAGCUUGGUGUGUACAAAGCGUUUGUGGAUAACUACAAAGUCGCUCUGGAGACAGCUGAGAAGUGCAGCCAGUCCAACAACCAGUUCCAGAAGAUCUCAGAGGAGCUCAAGGUGAAAGGUCCCAAGGACUCGAAGGACAGCCACACCUCGGUCACCAUGGAAGCUCUGCUCUACAAGCCCAUUGACCGUGUCACCCGGAGCACCCUUGUCCUACACGAUCUGCUGAAGCACACGCCUGUGGACCACCCCGACUACCCGCUGCUGCAGGAUGCCCUUCGAAUCUCCCAGAACUUCCUGUCCAGCAUCAACGAGGACAUCGACCCCCGCCGGACUGCAGUCACCACCCCCAAGGGGGAGACGCGGCAGCUGGUGAAGGAUGGCUUCCUGGUGGAAGUGUCAGAGAGCUCCCGGAAGCUGCGGCACGUGUUCCUCUUCACGGAUGUCCUACUGUGUGCCAAGCUGAAGAAGACCUCUGCAGGGAAGCACCAGCAGUAUGACUGCAAGUGGUACAUCCCCCUGGCCGACCUGGUGUUUCCGUCCCCCGAGGAGUCUGAGGCCAGCCCCCAGGUGCAGCCCUUCCCAGACCAUGAGCUGGAGGACAUGAAGAUGAAGAUCUCCACCCUCAAGAGUGAAAUCCAGAAGGAGAAAGCCAACAAAGGCCAGAGCCGGGCCAUCGAGCGCCUAAAGAAGAAGAUGUUUGAGAACGAAUUCCUGCUGCUGCUCAACUCCCCCACAAUCCCCUUCAGGAUCCACAAUCGCAACGGAAAGAGUUACCUGUUCCUGCUGUCAUCGGACUACGAGAGGUCGGAGUGGAGAGAAGCGAUUCAGAAACUGCAGAAGAAGGAUCUCCAGGCCUUUGUCCUGAGCUCAGUGGAGCUCCAGGUGCUCACGGGAUCCUGUUUCAAGCUUAGGACUGUACACAACAUUCCUGUCACCAGCAAUAAAGAUGACGAUGAGUCUCCGGGACUCUACGGCUUCCUUCACGUCAUCGUCCACUCCGCCAAGGGAUUCAAGCAAUCAGCCAACCUGUACUGUACCCUGGAGGUGGAUUCCUUCGGCUAUUUUGUCAGCAAAGCCAAAACCAGGGUGUUCCGGGACACAGCAGAGCCCAAGUGGGAUGAGGAGUUUGAGAUCGAGCUGGAGGGGUCUCAGUCCCUGAGGAUCCUGUGCUAUGAGAAGUGCUAUGACAAGAGCAAGGUCAACAAGGACAACAACGAGAUCGUGGACAAGAUCAUGGGCAAGGGGCAGAUCCAGCUGGACCCACAAACUGUGGAGACCAAGAACUGGCACACGGAUGUGAUUGAGAUGAACGGGAUCAAAGUGGAAUUCUCCAUGAAAUUCACCAGCCGGGAUAUGAGCCUGAAGAGGACCCCGUCCAAGAAGCAGACGGGUGUCUUUGGCGUGAAGAUCAGCGUGGUGACUAAGCGGGAGCGCUCCAAGGUCCCCUACAUCGUCCGGCAGUGUGUGGAGGAGGUGGAGAAGAGGGGCAUCGAGGAGGUUGGCAUUUACCGGAUAUCGGGUGUGGCCACGGACAUCCAGGCCCUGAAGGCCGUCUUUGAUGCCAAUAACAAGGAUAUCCUGCUCAUGCUCAGUGACAUGGACAUCAACGCCAUCGCCGGCACACUCAAGCUCUACUUCCGGGAACUGCCCGAGCCCCUCCUCACGGACCGACUGUACCCAGCCUUCAUGGAGGGCAUCGCCCUGUCCGACCCUGCUGCCAAGGAAAACUGCAUGAUGCACCUGCUGCGCUCCCUGCCCGACCCCAACCUCAUCACCUUCCUCUUCCUGCUGGAACACUUGAAAAGGGUUGCCGACAAGGAGCCCGUCAACAAAAUGUCGCUUCACAACCUGGCUACUGUGUUUGGACCCACGUUACUGAGGCCCUCGGAAGUGGAGAGCAAAGCACACCUCACCUCGGCGGCGGACAUCUGGUCCCACGAUGUCAUGGCACAGGUCCAGGUCCUCCUCUACUACCUGCAGCACCCCCCCAUCUCCUUCGCAGAACUCAAGCGGAACACACUGUACUUCUCCACUGACGUGUAGCCCGAGGCAGGGCGGCCGUGGGGCGGCUGAGCCAGCCCCUCCAGCCCGGGCCCAACUCAGACUUGAAGGACUGCAAUAGAAAACUCCCACACCCA